AUGUCCUUCUCCGACGAGCUGUGUGCCAAGUACCCCUCCCUCCGCAAGUACGACGACGACGACUACCCAGAGUCUCACGAUGGACGUGAAGCCGCCCUGUUGCGCCAUAUCUACUCGCUGCCCUCCCUGGAGGAUCUACGCGGUAACCCCUCGGCGCUGAUGGGUGCGAUGGAUGAGUUCGCCGCCCAGCAGGACUUCCUGAUCAGCAUCGGGAGCGACAAGGGGCCCAAGCUGGCCGACCUCAUCGCUACGCACAAGCCAGCCGUCGUGGUCGAGUUGGGCGGGUAUGUAGGCUACUCUGCUAUUGCGUUUGCCCAGGCGAUGCUCGCCGCUGCCUCGCCCGAGCAGAGGUCGAACCUUAGACUGUGGAGUCUGGAGUUUGACCCGCUCGUCGCGUCGAUUGCGAUGAACUUCAUCGAGCUGGCGGGUCUGAGUGAUAUUGUUAAGGUCGUCGUCGGUCCAGCCGCCCGGUCCCUCAAGAGGCUCAGCGAUGAGGGGAAGCUGGGUGGUGGUAAUACCAUCGACCUCCUCUUCCUCGAUCACGAUGAGAGUCUCUACGUCCCCGACUUGAAGGUCUGCGAGGAGCUCCAGCUGCUCGGCACCGGAUCUCUCAUCGUGGCUGAUAACAUGAUCCGGCCUGGGGCACCAGGGUAUCGUGAGUAUGUGCGGGGGCAUGCUGAUUGGGAGAGCUGGAUUAUUAAGGGAUUGGUCAUGCCUGGCGAGUUUGGGGACGAGAUUGAGGUUUCCAAGGUCAAAUAA